ACCUGAACUACAACUCCCAUAAGACUGACCCAGGCGAGCCCCCAUCGCUUGCCCCCUGAGCCGACACCAUGAUCUCCACGAAAGAGAAGUCCAAGGCCCCCAAGGAUAGCAUGACACUCCUUCCGUGCUUCUACUUUGUGGAGCUCCCGAUCGUGGCUUCCUCCAUCGUGACGCUGUAUUUCCUGGAGCUGACCGACCUCUUCAAGCCAGCCAAGGUGGGUUUCCAGUGCUACGACCGGGCCCUGUCCAUGCCUUACGUGGAGACCAAUGAGGAGAUGAUUCCUCUGCUGAUGCUUCUCAGCCUGGCCUUCGCUGCUCCUGCCGCCUCGAUCAUGGUCGGGGAAGGCAUCAUCUACUGCCUGCAGUCCAAGCUGAAGGGGCGCAGUGGGUCGGAGGGGAGCAUCAACGCCGGCGGUUGCAACUUCAACUCCUUCCUGCGCAGGACUGUAAGGUUUGUGGGGGUCCACGUGUUCGGACUCUGUGCCACCGCCCUGGUGACGGACGUGAUCCAGCUGGCCACUGGCUACCACGCCCCCUUUUUCCUGACCGUCUGCAAGCCCAACUACACGCUGCUGGGGAUCUCCUGCGACUCCAACCCUUACAUCACCCAGGACAUCUGCUCGGGCCAGGACCAGAAUGCGAUUCUCUCUGCCAGGAAGACUUUCCCGUCCCAGCAUGCAACGCUCUCAGCUUUCGCUGCUGUCUACGUGUCGAUGUAUUUCAACUCCAUCAUCUCGGACAGCACCAAGCUCCUGAAGCCCAUCCUGGUCUUCGCCUUCGCCAUCGCCGCCGGCGUCUGCGGCUUGACCCAGAUCACCCAGUACCGCAGCCACCCUAUCGAUGUCUACGUGGGCUUCCUCAUCGGCUCCGGGAUUGCGGCCUACCUGGCGUACCACGCGGUGGGCAACUUCCAAGCGCCGACCGAGAGGGCCCCGGCCAACCCCCCCACCAAGGACGCCCUGCGGGCCCUGACCCAGCGGGGCCACGACUCGGUGUACCACCAGAAUAAGUCGGUCAGCACGGACGAGCUCAACCCCCAGACCCGGCUGGAUGGGGUGAACCGCCAGGUCCAGCGGGAGAAGAACUCCCUGGGCAGCCUGAAACGGGCCAGCGUGGACGUGGACCUGCUGGCCCCCCGCAGCCCCAUGGGCAAGGAGAACAUGGUCACCUUCAGCAACACCCUGCCCCGGGUCAACACCCCCUCCAUGGACGACCCCGCCCGGCGCCACAUGACCAUCCACGUCCCCGUGGACGCCUCCCGCUCCAAGCAGCUCAUCACCGAGUGGAAGCAGAAAUCCCUGGAGGGCCGGAGCAUGACGCUGGCCGAGGAGGCCAGUGGGCACGCAAGGGCUGGCUCAGACUCGGUGGGCGCGGAUGAAGAGGAGCACGUCCCCCCCUCACUCUACCCGACGGUGCAGGCCCGCACGGCCGAGCGGGCCGCCAUGGGGCCCCGGGUUCUCAUCCAGCCCCGGCCGGGGGCGUCCCAGCUGGUUCACAUCCCCGAGGAGAGCCAAGGCACUGCCAACAUCUCGCCCAACAGCAGCUCGGCCGUGCGGGCCAAGUGGAUGAUGAUGGCGGAGAAGGGGGCGGGCCAGCGGGUGGCCAACCCGCCUCGGCUCAUGCAGGUCAUCGCCAUGUCCAAACAGCAGGGCCUGGUGUCCGUCACCCCCAAGCACUCGGAGACCUCCUCGUCCUCCACCAGCUCCGACUCCUCCCAGUACCGCUCGCCGUCAGAGCGGGACAGCUCCAGCAUCGUCACCAUCGACGCCCACGCCCCGCACCACCCCGUGGUGCACCUCUCCUCCGGCAACGGGCCCUGGGAGUGGAAGGUGGCCCAGAAAGGCUCGGACGGGCAGGAUGCCUACGAGCUGAAUGAGAUGGGCAAGGAUUACCGGGGCUUCCGGCCCACCAGGAGCGCCGGCGUCUCCCCGGGCUCCUCCGUCAGCGACAUCGAGCAGGACGAGCCGCGCUACGGCAGCGUGGCCACCAUCAACGUGGCGCCGGGAGGGGGCGGGGUGGCAGAGCGGGGCGAGGGCAUCCCGGAGAAUGUGCUAGGCCCUGCCAGCCGGGAGUCCACCCUGCGGAGGAAGCCCGCCGGCCUGACGGUCAGCGAGAAGGACGGACACACGGACAACGAGGCGGAAAACUACUACAAGAAAAUCCAAGCCAACCGGAGAUUUAAGGAGUAAUUCCCUCCCCCUCCCGCCCCCCGGCUUCCACCCCACCUGCCCCGACCCAGGGCAGCUGUCCAGAGCGGGGAACCUGCCUUCGUGGGUGUCUCCUCUGCUGAACGACACAAUCAGCCCACUCCGUGUGCUGCUGCUUUGGGAUGAGGCCAGGACCGGGGUGGGGCGAGCAUCCGUCUUUGGAGGGCCUCCGGGGAUUUAUAUACAGCAGCCUCAAAGCGGAGCAGCACGUGGAGACGAUGGUGCGAGCGCCGGAUGGGAGGGGUGGACUAGAAGAGGCAGGGACCGCAGAGUUCUUCUCCAGGGCGUUAAAACAACCAGCCCUCCGCGGGACUCCGAAUGUCCAACCAGGGGAGGAAUUUUCCAUGUUUAUUUAUUUGUUAACCAGGUGCUGACGGGUCCCGGGAGGGUUUGAGUUUGUUCGGCUGUUGCGAUGGUGGGGUGGGGGAGAAUGAAGGACCUUGAAAAGGCGGAAUCCAGGAGUCCUGGGCUACCAGUUGAGGCAACUGUCUCCAGCCUUGCAUGUGGAUUUAUUUGCCUCACUCGCCGGGAGCUGGCAGCCAACGGAUCCAGUCGCCAGCAUCCUGUGUCAUGUCCUGCUCCAUCUGUGCAGGGGUGCACGUCCGGCCACCAACUGA